AUGGGAGGAGGAACAGAGGCUUUUCCAGAUUUGGGAAGACACUGCCAACAUUCUGAAUGCAAGCAGCUCGAUUUUCUGCCUUUCAACUGCGACAGUUGUCGCAAGGUGUUUUGUCUAGAGCACAGAUCCUAUAAAUCCCACGACUGUCCGAAACCAUACCAGAAAAGCCGAAAAGUUGUUGUCUGUGAAAUCUGUUCGGCAUCUAUCGAAACUACUGGACGUGACGAGGAUGAUGAGAGAGUGAUAUUGGAGAAACAUGAGAAAUCUGCAGAUUGCGACCCAAAGAAGAAGAAGAAACCUACUUGUGGGGUUAAGCGGUGCAAGGAGAUAUUAUCCUUCUCAAACACAUGCACCUGCAAAACUUGCCAUUUAAAGGUGUGCUUAAAGCAUAGGUUUCCAGCUGACCAUGUGUGCAAGAAAUCAUCAUCCUCUGCCCUGCCUCUGAUGUCUGAGGGAAGGUCCAACAACAAGUUUUUGAUUGCUUUGGGCUUAAGAAAUGGCAAAGAUUGUGCAAAUAAUGGUCGGAGUUCUAAUUCUCCGCCCAGCAGAACUCCAUCUGUUAAAGCUUAUUGA